AUGCUCACAGCUGCACAACACAACAACCACAUUCAAACACUGUACAACACUGUACAACAACACAACACAACAGCACGGUAAACCAGUAAACACCUGUUUACAUCUGCAAACAGCCUCCGUCCACUAACAGCCAGCUGCAGACAGAGAACAGCUGGUGAACAUGUGGAGCAUUUAGCAGCUGAAGAGAAGGUGAUGACCAAACAUGGAGACAAAAGAGAGGAAACACUGCACUGAGACCGAGGACGUGGAAACAAUCAGCUGUUCGACAAUAUCAACUUGAAAAGAGCUCAGAUCCCUGCAGGUCUUCACAGCCUCUUCAGCGCAGCUCUGUGGGAAACUGCUGGACCCCGAUUGAACGACUCAGGAUGUUGAGCUGGGUGGUUAAAGUCGUUCCUCAGCCGCCUGAGCCUCCUUCCAAAAAAGUCGAUGAGAAGAAGGAGGAGGAACCAGUCGCAGCCCCGCCCCCAGUACAGGCCCCUCCCCAAGUCGCAGCUCUUCCUCCUGAUGCACCCCUACGACCUGCACAAGAGAAGAAAGUGACGUUUCAGGAUGAGUGUAAAAACGAAGCUUCAAAAGAUCCGAAGGAUCCAGAAGCUGACAAAUCCAAACAGGAAGCAGAGGGCAACGGCUCUCAGCCCGGCGUGUUGACGUGGAUCAGCGGAGCUCUGCCUCAACCUGCAGCCUCACCUAAACUGAGCCGGGACAGCACCACCACGACCUCCACCACGACCUCCACCACGCCCUCCACCACGCCCCCUGCCACGGAGGAAAACCCAACAGCCAGUAAACCUGACGAUGAGAAAGGGAUGUUGGCGUGGUUCGCUCAGGGUUUGGAGAAAGUUGUUCCUCAGCCUGAUUUGAAGAACAAAGACUCUGAGGUGCAUCCGGCAGCAGCUGCUCCAGCAGAGCCUCAGGCUAAUGUGCGACAAGACAGAGACGACACAACUGACAACAAGCCUUUCCCACCCAGGAUGAUGGACUGGAUAAAACAGGGUAUGGAGAAGGUGGUUCCUCAGCCAGAGAUCAAUGUUUACUCAAAGACAGACAGCAACAUCAAGACUGAAGCUCCUGCUUCCACUGAAGCUGAAGCUCCACCUCCAGAACCACCACCUCCCCCAAAACCAGCAGCUGACACUGCGAAGUCGUCCAAAGAAGCAGAGCAGCAGCCUGAGUCGUCCAAAGAAGCAGAGCAGCAGCCUAAUAUGAUGGGCUGGAUCUUCAGUGGCAUCGGUCGCAUGAUGCCUCAGCCUGUGCAGAAGCAGGACACAGGCUGUGAAGUGCAGAACAUUAGCAUCGUGCAGCAGAGGACAGACCUGGUGCUGGAGGACGUAGGACCAGACGAGGACGCAGAGGCGAAGAACGAAGAGAAGAAGGAGAAAGAGGAUGCAGAGAACCAACCAACUUCCAGCAUCAAGAAGGAGGCAGGAGAAGCAGUUCUCGCUCACAUGGAUGAAAGAGUGCAGCAGGAGCGUCUGGAGGAGGCCCGGGUCGCAGAGGACAUCGCCAGGAAGGCAGCGGAGGAGGCAGUCCGCCAGCUGGAGGUGGAGCAUUCAGCUAAGAUUGUGAUAGAAACCCUGCCAGAGUCCAACGAGCAACUGCCCAACAUCCUGGAGGAGGAAAAUGAGGAAGACCCUGAGUUGCAGAACCUGCAGGAGGAAAGUGACGACAGCAUAAACAAUAGGAGUCCUGUGGAAAUUAAAGUAAUGGAGGAAUAUAUCAAAGGCACUGCUGAGGAAGAGAAAAAACCUGAUGAGUGCAUGCUGGUCGUCUGUCCAGCUCAAGAUGAUACUGAGGCUACGACUGCACUGGACAAAGUCGAGGCUGCUGCAGAGACAAUCCAACCGCCCACCGAAUCCAAACUACCGGAGGAAAAGACUCCAUCGUCGACAGAUGUGGAACCAGCAUCGAAGAGGAGAGACCCGGAGAGUCCCGUCUCACAGCCAGUCACCCAGCAGCCACAGCCACAAGCUCCACAGGGCAGCAAAGCAGCAGCAGACGAAGGGGGGUGCGGAGCCUCGACGCUGAAGGUGGAGGAUGUGGAUCAGGAUGUGAGGCAGGGAAAAGGCCUGAACAUCCCCCAUAUUAUGACAACCCCAGAACCAGAGUCCACUGCUCUGACUGUCCCUAACGUGCCCCUGUCCAAACUCAGUUCUGCAGAUGAGAAUGAUGAUGAGCUGAUGAGGACUGAUCUCAGGACCUGGCCCAGUCCGGGAGAUCUACUGACUGCAGAUGACGAGAUGCGUCCUCUGUCAGCUGCCAGCGUCGGCAGCGUCGUGAUCCAGGAUCGUCUGAGCGAUCUUGUCAAGCUCUUCAGAGGUCGAACUGAGCGUCAGAAAGACCGACUGGUGGACCCGGACGAGUCGGAGGGAGAAAGUCCAUCAGCCUCCCCGAGCAAAGCUCCACCUCCCCCUCCUCCAGCAGAGGAGAAGAAGGAAGAAGCUGCAGCAGAAAAAGAAGAAGAAGAAGACGAAGACGAAGAAGAAGAAGAGGCAGUGUUCCAGUUUAAACUUCUGGGCCACCCAGUAGAAAUUCCCAAACUGCUCAAACUUCCCCCGAUGCCCGACUGGCUCCGAGCCAUCGUUGAGUACCGCUUCCCCUCCAGCAUUGACCAGUUCACUGACCUGAUCUAUGUGAUCUGGCUGUUCUUCGUGGUGGCAGCGUGGAACUGGAACAUGUGGCUGAUUCCGGUCCGCUGGGCGUUCCCCUACCAAACCCCCGAGAACAUCCACCUGUGGCUGCUGGCCGACUACACCUGCGACCUCAUCUACAUCACAGACAUCCUCGUGUUCCAGCCCAGACUGCAGUUCGUCCGUGGAGGAGACAUCGUGUGUGAUAAAAAGGACAUGAGAGAAAACUACAUGACGACCGAAAGAUUUAAGAUGGACGUCAUCAGUCUGUUUCCGAUGGAGAUAUUUUACUACUUCACAGGCGUUAACUCUCUGCUGAGGUUCCCUCGUCUGUUGAAGUACAUGGUUUUCUUUGAGUUCAACGACAGAAUGGAAGCUGUGAUGAAGAAAGCCUACAUCUACAGGGUGAUCCGAACCUCCAUGUACCUGUUGUACUCUCUGCACAUAAACGCCUGUCUCUUCUACUGGGGCUCGGACUACGAGGGAUUGGGAUCCACCAAAUGGGUUUAUAAUGGAAAAGGAAAUGCGUACAUCCGUUGUUACUACUUUGCCGUGAAGACGCUGAUCACCAUCGGAGGUCUGCCCGACCCCACCACCGUCUUCGAGAUCUGCUUCCAACUCAUUAACUACUUUGUUGGCGUCUUUGCUUUUUCUAUCAUGAUCGGUCAGAUGAGAGAUGUGGUGGGAGCAGCGACAGCCGGUGAGAACUAUUACCGGGCCUGUAUGGACAGCACCGUUAAGUACAUGAACUCGUACAACAUCCCCCGAGACGUUCAGAACCGCAUCAAGACCUGGUACGACUACACCUGGAAGAUCCAGGGCAUGCUGGACGAACAGGAGCUGCUGAUUCAACUUCCUAAUAAGAUGAGAAUGGACAUCGCUGUGGACGUCAACUACGCCAUCGUCAGUAAAGUCGCCCUUUUUCAGGGCUGUGACAGACAGAUGGUGUUCGACAUGCUGACGAGGCUCAAGUCUGUCGUUUACCUGCCCGGAGACUUUGUCUGUAAAAAGGGGGAGAUCGGCAGGGAGAUGUACAUCAUUAAACAGGGGGAGGUUCAGGUGGUGGGCGGUCCUGACCUACAGACUGUGUUUGUCACCAUCAGAGCCGGCUCGGUGUUCGGAGAGAUCAGUCUGUUGGCGGGAGGUGGAGGGAACAGACGAACCGCCAACGUAAAAGCUCACGGAUUCGCUAACCUCUUCAUCCUGGAUAAGAAAGACCUGGCAGAGAUCCUCGUUCACUACCCAGAGUCCCAGAAGCUGCUCCGCAAGAAGGCGAAGAAGAUGUUAACGAAGGACACGAAGCCGGAUGAGAAGGAGGGAGGUAAAGGGGCGGUGGAGGUCAUCCCACCACGACCGGACACCCCCCAGAUGUUCAAGGCGGCGCUGAAGGUGGCGGAGCAGGCGGGAAUAGAGGGAACCUUCAUCAAACUGAAGAAGGCCUACAAAGCGUCCCAGAGCACAGAGGCUUCCUCCUCCAUCUCUCCACUCCCGCCUCCCUCUCCGAGGCACCACCGCUCUCCAGUCCCUCACUUCCUGGUUAAGGACGAAGACGACGCGGUGACGGAGACAGCUGACAGCUCCGUCAUCAUCAGGAUGACGCCGCGACAGGAAGGCGAGGAGGUGCUGUCUGUGGAGGUGCUGCCCAAGGAGGGAGGAAAGAAGUGAUAUAACAGGAAAUCCUUGCAGGAUGCCUCCUUAAAGAGUCCCUCUGCUUCCCACAAUGCCUUUCACUGAAAACCAAAGAGGGGGCAGGAGAUGCCCCAGUGCAUUCUGGUCUCAUCUGUUUCUUCUUCUCUGGAGGUUUUCUCUCAGUUCUAUUAUUUUAAACUAAAAUCUCAAAAAAGUUUCUCAAACUUGUUUUCAAUCUGCCCCCUUCCUAUUUUCUCUUUUUCUUUCUUCCCUUCUUUCUUUUCCAUCCUUUCAUACUUUUAUUCAAACAGUGACUCAGUAACUUUUUCAUGUGGGGUUAUGAUCAUUUAGUCAGUUCAGGCUGCAGUUCCAUGUUUGACCACAUAGACUAACUGACAUUUACCAGCCAUUUCAACACAGGGGGGCGCUGUUUCUCACAUGUGAGGUAACUCAAUGAUGCCACAACGACAACAUAAAUGUUUGUUUGUUGUUCUGUGUAAUGUUGGAAAACUGUUAAAGACUGACCACGAGUCUUUGAACUCAAUUUCCCAGAACCCCUAGCUUCUGCGCUGCAGCUUUGGUGCUUCUCAGCACAGCCACUGUCUCACUGUGGCGUUCACUGAGCUGAGUUUGUUUUAGACGCAGCUUCAUGUUGAAUAGUGAGGAUGAUGAUGAUGAUGAUGAUGAUGAUGAUGAUGAUGAUGAUGAUGAAGAUGUCAGAGCUGCGUGUUGAUGAAAUGAGACUGAACGUACACGUGUGUCAUGUUUGUGGUCAGAUGAUGCGUGAUCGUCAGCUGUGAUCGUGUCUCUCCACUGUGAACCAAUCAAUAACUGUCUGACACAAACUGAGAUCAUAAUGAUUUUACUCCACCAGCGUCCAGGUCAUUCUGGUGUGUGUGUGUGUGUGUGUGUGUGUGUGUGUGUGUGUGUGUGUGUGUUUGGUCAAAGGUCAAAACCACUUUAUUUAGAAAGUUACAAAUAUAUUGUGGUUUGAAAUAUGAUUUGCUAUCAUCCAACUCAAGUCUGUUUUACCAGUUUACUGCUGUUAGAGGGCGCUGCUGAGCUUUCUGUUGGACAAAUCCAGAGCUGCAGGGAAACAUGUGGUACCUCCCAAACCAAGUAUGGAAACUGUGUGUGUGUGUGUGUGUGUGUGUGUGUGUGUGUGUGUGUGUGUGUGUGUGUGUGUGUGUGUGUGUGUGAGUGUGAGUGUGAGAGAGAGAGAGACAGGAAAAGCUUCAGGAAGCAGAGGAAGCUUUCAUUGUGUCGCUCUGAGCUGGAGGGAAAAUACAGAAUGAGAGAAGGAGCUGAAGCUGGACACAGGAAGCGUCAUCAUCACUGCUAAAUAUUUGACAGUAGAAGAAGAAUGUAUGACAUCAUAGCGCUGCUCUGCUGCUGUGCGUUCACGACAACCUGGAGCGAACGAGGCACUGUAACAAGUUUUUAAAUAAAAUAAUUUCAAAUGGA